AUAAGGCGACCUUAUACAUAUUCGCAUAAGCUUUCAAUUUUAUAAGGUAUGCUUAUGACAUUCAUGCACAUUGUUUAUGUGAAAAAAUCAUAAACUUGCCAUAUAAAAUCAGACGUCAAGAUGGCCGUUUCGUACGACGAGCUGACACUCAUCGCUGAUCUUUUCGGUGACGCCCCGGCGGAAUCAGGAAGUGUUUUCUCGCAGUUCGGCCUAACUACAGUUGAUUUGGUGACUAUUGGCCAGGCGGCAUUCGAAAAGCGCCUCGGAUUGCUUCUCCCGGAAACAAUUUGUUUGUUUUGGGAAGCAAUUGCCCGUUGGAGAAUCCGGAAUAACUUAACGAAUGUGACUGUCCAGGAGCAGUUCGAAACAAAUCCAACCCAAGAUUCAGCCCCACCGGAAGAGGGACUUAGUCAGGAUUAUAUUGAGGUUAAGUUCACUCCGGACCGUUAAACAGGGUCUGAAUCGGUCGAGAGCGAUCCAGACGACGAGGAAGUGAAUCCGGGCGCCUUAGAAACAAGUUCUUUGGAAGAGGUAAAACAUAAACAUAAAAGUUUUUUCUCGUAUCAAAAGCUCAUUUUAUUAAAUUUGUAGUCUAAAAUCAUUGUCCAGUCC